AUGGCUUCAGGCUCCCAGAGAUUCUCUCUCACCUUUCUCCAGGGUGUGGGAUCUGUCUUCUUCAUCCUUCAGAUCAUCUCUGUUCAGGCUGAUGGGAAAGUGUUUGCACUUGAGUCCAAGAACAACUCUCAGGGUCUGGAUUUAGCUGAAGCUGAGAAAGCUUGUGUUGACCUGAGUGCUCGCUUAGCAACUGCAGAAGAACUGAAAAGGGCUGUUCUGGACUGUUCUUUCGCCGGCUGCACCAUGGGAUGGCUCGCUGGUGGCUCCACUGGGACAAUUAUAUGCAGAAAGACGGGCAGCAAACAGCAGAGCGUGAAAGCCAUUGAUGUUAAAAUUGAAACCGAUCCCUUUGUGAAUGACCAAUAUGAUGCUUUUUGUGUAAAGGAUGAAGACAAGCCCUGCGGGGACCCGCCGUCCUUCCCCCACACCAUCCUGCAUGGCCACACUGGCUUUGAAAUGGGGGAUGAGCUGCUGUACGUUUGCGCCCAGGGGUACAUCAUGGGCAACAAGGAGACAGCCUUCACGCUGCUCUGCGACAGCUGCGGGGAGUGGUACGGGCAGGUUCAAGCCUGUGUCAAAGAUGAAACUGAGGCACACAUUGACUAUGAAGAUAACUUUCCUGAUGACAGAUCAAUACCUAUUGUUGAGAAUGAACAUGUCAAUGGCAAAGAAGAAAUGGAGCAGGAGCAAGAACAGCUUUCCUUCAGUAAAAGUUCAGAGGAAGGAAGAACUGGAAGUACCAAAGGUGUUACUCAGGACACAGACACCUCUGAAAAAGGAAGCAGGGCACCAACUGAAUCCCCGGUGUCACUCCUAAGUCAAAAAAACUUGUUUUGGUUUCCAUCAGAGGCUUUCAGUGAGCCUGAAUCAGAGAGAGAGACAGAUGAUUCCACUAAAGCACAGUUUUCUGAAGGUGAUGAUAACCACAUUGGAGUGAAGACAGCCUACGAUGAACCUGGUGCCAAAAUGUUUUAUGACAGUGAGGAUUUCCCCAUUGGACCCAUUCUCACAACUAAUGAUACAAAGGCAGAGAUAGAUGCAGUUGCCAUCACUGACGAGUCGUGGUUAGAUGGCUAUCCAGUAACGCAGGAAGUGGUAGAGGAUGAUGAAGAGGAGGGGGAUAAAGUUGAUGGUUCGAUGGGAACAGAAGAUGAUGUUGUCCUCACGACUGACCAACCCAAUCAUGUUGAAGUAAGAAAAUCGGGCAAUGGUAGCCCAGCUCCAGAAGAAGGUUUAACACAGAUUGUGGCAGCAACAACAAGGAUAGAUGAUGAAGGUGCCAAGGAGACACCGGUACCACUUACAUCAGUGAGUGGUCUGGAGAACCUGAGUGUGAGCAGAGGUUACGACGAUGCCGCCUGGGACCACCCAACUACAUCUCUGGAAACUGUGACUCAGGAGCCUGGUACAACGACGCUGUUUGACAUAACCAGCUUAAAAACGUCCCUGUCAGAAACCUCUGUGAUGGUCAGCCCCUCCGAUCACACUCCGUACGCAGAACCAAAAGAAACAACCGCCUACCCAGCACAAGUAGCAACCACUGCGCCAGCUCCAGAUAUCAUUACUGACACGUCGUCCCAGGAAUUAGCUGAGCAAGAAAACCUCACCCAGGGCCUUGGAGAAAAGCCCGUCCCCACUUCUGAGCCGUGUGAGGGAGAGGAUUGUCCCAAGUCCAGUAAAGGUGCUAUCAUAGCAGUAAUUGUGAUUCUUCUCUGCUUGUUACUGGUUGCAGCUGUCCUGGCUGUGUGGUUUUUCAAAAAACGGCAGCAGAAAAAUUCUGUCUAUAAACUGAAUGGAAGGUGUCAACCCAGGCAUCAUUGCUACCACCACUACCACCACCAGCACAUCGAAAUGCAGAAAGUCUAA